UCAAGAUGGACGACUGCAAUCUUGAAAAGUUAGCUGUCAAACCUGGAAAAUUAACUCCAGCAUUUAACAAGGAUACUACAGAUUACGCGGUGACCGUUGCAAGCAAUGUGGAGAAAAUACGAAUUGAUCCACUGACAAGUGACACUGGUGCAUCCUAUUCUAUAUCGGGAAGUGGAGGAGAGAAGGAAGUUGGGCUUCCUGAGGGAGCUGUAACUGACAUCAAGAUAGAAGUCACAUCAGAAGAUGGCACAGUGAAAAACUAUUUCCUCCAUGUCAAACGACUCUCAGCAAAAGAUGCCGUACUCAGUGACCUCAAGUUUUCUCAGGGGUGUCUCAUGCCUGACUUUGAUUCUGCAGUUACUACUUAUUCUUGUAUAUUACCAUGCAAUGUGGCCAGUGUCAUUGCUAAACCAGUUGCUCCAGAUCCCAAAAAUGUCAUUCUGGUAUGUGGAGAGAAGCCAGGAACAGCCUACCCCCUAAAUGUGGGGGAGACCAACAUCCAGCUAGAGGUCACAUCUGCUGAUGGCUCAAACAAACAGACUUACAGUGUUGACAUACUGAGGAAACCUAUGCCAAGAUAUGCCAAGUUUACAGACCCUGAAAUGGCACAGAAGUAUGAAUGUCCAAUAUCACUCUCACCUCUCUACCGACCUAUCUCCAUCCGGGGAAGUGAGCCCAAACACACCUACUCGGCCCCAAACAUUGACGCUAUGACUCGCACUUCCAAGGUGGAUCCUAUCAGUGGAAUGUCCCUGAUGGGUGAAUGGAGAAUAGUUGAUAUAGCCAUAGAGAAACAAAUGGCUGCAGCAUCAGCAAGCAUCCCACUGACAUAUGGGGGUACCUCAGAUGCUGUGAAGUUUGGAGAAUUAGCUGCCACGAUUGAAAAAUGCAAUGUGGCACCUAAAGUUGAGGAUAUGAAAGACAAAUUUAAGGAUUCUUCAGCUUCAUUAACACACAUUGUAAAGGUGAGAGGAUGGGAGAAGAAUUUACACCAGAUAUUUGGAGUGACCAGUGUUGAUAAAUUAGUUGGACAGGCAAAAGAUCAAAUCAAAACCUAUUUUAAAAUUCUACCCAAACCAGGUCAGUCUAAACAGUGGUCAGAGGGAGAGGGUCCUCUCGAUUGUCUCCUCAGGGCUGCUCAGUUUUAUGCUGUAGCUAUCUCAAACAAGCCUAAAGAUGCCAGUCUGCACCUACAGCUGGGCAUGGUUCUGGAGGAGCGGUACUAUGCUGAGGAUCUGUUUGGUCUUAAAAAAGAGGAAUCUGAUUCUCUACCAUCUAUGAACUUGGAUGCAAAAGAGAGUUCAAAAGAAGAGGAAUGUGCAGCUAUUUGCAAGCUCCAUGGUGUAGAUGCUGAUGCAGCUCCUCUUGCUCUCCAACUGAAGGCUAUAGACGCAGAGUACCAGCAGCUGAAUCAGAAUGGCCAGAGUGCAAAGGCUGACCGCAUCAUGGGACUGUUUGCCUGGAAGUCCAAACAGGCAAAACCGGAAGGUGCUGCUGCCCAGAAAGCAGAGGAUGAGGAGUCCACACUUGGCCAGGCCUACCUUAAAUACAUGGAUACCUUGGCCCUGGAUGAGCCUAAAGCUGUGUACAAUUUCCAUGUGGGUCGCAUGCUUGUCAUACAAGGAAAAUACACUGAAGCUAUCCCACGACUGGAGGUCACCAUCAACUGGAAUUCUCAGUAUCAGCUGGCAAGGUUUUAUCUUGGACUAGCCUUGGCAUUCCAGCCGGGAGGUCCUGGAACCCGGACCAAGGAGACUGUUGGGUACCUGUUGGAGAUCAUGGAGACUUUGCUUCAGGAAAACACCAAAGACUUGUUGUCUGCCCAGCAAACAUGGGAAUUAAAUCCUAUCCUUCAUGCUGAAAACCUUGUACGGUCCAGUAAUGUCCAUCUCCUACGAGGCAUCAUCUGUCUGGGUGUUCUCCUCUCACAGAACCCAGACAUUAAGGACUGUAUGGCUGCCCAGGAUGUGUUCCACACAGCAGCCCUACUAGCAUCUCAAAUCCUGCCUAACAUAAGCAAGGGAGACACCUUUAAACAGGUCGAGUGGGUACUACUGGAUGCUCACUCUAAUCUACUGAACAUGCUGUCUCACAACCAGAGUGGACAGGAGAAGAUCAUAGCUCAGCGAUGCAUACAGCUGUCAGCACUCAUAUUUAGUUCCUCAAUCCCAAUGAAUGACCAACUUCUACAACUACAGGAAAAAACAUGUCAGCAACUGGUACAGAUACAACCGUGCAGUAGCCACGCCCUCUACCUUCUGGGUGCCGCCCAAUUUGCAGAGUACGAGAACACUCCAUCUGGGGACAAAGCAAACAGCCUACUUCAGCACAGCAUCUCCUCGUAUGAAGUUUCCAUUGAUUUGGAGGGAAAACCAAUGGCGGGCAAUCCUUCAGACAAACUAAUAGGCCAGGAAUGGUGGCAGAAGAAAAUCAAGGAAGAAGAAGAGAAGAAAAAAGCAGAAGAGGCCAAAAAGGCAGCUGCUGGAGCAGCUGCAAAACCAGCAGGGAAGGGUGCACCAGCUGCACGAGGUGGGGCAGCCGCCAGAGGGGCUGCAAGGGGGGCACCUGCUGCCAGAGGCAGGGGCGCUCCUCCUGCUAGGGGAGGUGUGGCCGCAAGGGGAGCAGCACGCGGAGGUGCAGCAGCCAAGGCUCCAGUAGGUAAAGCUGCCCCUCCUCCUGCCAAAACUGCUCCCGGCAAACCAGCAGCAAAGACCCCUCACUGCGACCCCAAGGCACCCGCCAAAAAGGAAGAGGUAGUACCUGCUGCCAAGGCUCCGGCUUCCACCGCCACUCCAGCAGACACCCCUGCAGCGCCCCCUAAGGGAACUCCGAUCAACAGGACAUCUUAUUACCCCCAUCUGGGCUUAGCAAGAGCAUUUAGGGCAGCUGGAAACAUCCCAGACUCCCAGAAAAAUUACAAUGAUGUCAUCGUCAUGUCCCCAGAGGUACACGAUGCCUAUAUAGAGCUGGCAGAAAUGCUGACAAAGACCGACCCAGCUGCAGCGGUGGACGUUUACGCCAAGUUCCCGAUGCCUGAGGAACCAUCAUUUGAUGAUGCCUUUAUUCUUGGAGAGUUGGUUCGUCUCCUGAUGAAGACGGAGAGUUAUGACGAUCCACGUCUCCAGACCUAUAUGAUAUCCUAUGGGCGCGUCUUGGGUCUAGGUGUGUUAGAGAGGUAUGUCAAAAUCCUGGAAGAUAAAUUUAAAAAUGACCUUCUGAAGAAAGUGUACGCAGGUGUGAACAAGAAAGAUGUAGAUGAUCCUGAUUUACAGGCAUUCUUCAAGUUCAAAUGCUGGCUGUAAUCUUUUGUGUCGUAAUAGACAAAUGUACGUGUGUUUGUACCAGUUCUCAUCAGGACCCGAGGAGUACACAGUCACUUACUGGUUAAAACUUUCUUUAGAGACUGUCACCAUGUGUGUAUAGCAAUCCUCAUCAAAACAAACUUGUCACAUGACUAUUAAUAGAAGUUACUGACUAAAGAUUUCCUAGACACUUUAUAAUUGCAUAUAUGUAACGAUUAUAUUACAAUCAAUGAAAUUGAAAUAAUUCAAUAAAAGUGCCAAAACUCUAUACACCGUAUAUUUCAUUUUCAGCCUUUCUAGUAUAAAAAACAAUUUUAACUGUUCCAAUUAAAUCCUGGGAUACACUUUUUAUGGUUUCAUGAUGUAAAACAAUUAUCAAUAUGUAAAAAUUAGUGACCAUGACAAAUGAAUGUCAACUUCAAUAGAAUGAUACUUGUUCAUAUAGAACUGAUGUCUGUCAGAUAUUUUAAUAUCUUGGAGUUAUCAGGCUGUCAGAUAGUGGAUGUAUAGUGGGAGGAGCAGGUUGACAGACUUUGAUGUGACAUGUCUGUGGCGGUGGGAGGAAAGCUGACAUGUUAAUUAGCUAAGUUUGACCCAAUAGCUACAGUGGUAGAACACAUGAGUCACUUGUCAAUCACAGGUACUGUAUACCUGUCCCACACCUGUCCCACAAGGUAACCAACUCUAUCCAGAGGUUUACCUAUAUAUAUCUGUCCAGGUAACAUUUGUACUAGUAAUGGUAUACACAAGUGAUGUAACGGGUCUGCCUUGUGAUGGAGAUCCACCCAGGUAACAGUGUACCCUUACAGUUCCCUACAGGUAUUAAGACUGGCCAGGUAACUAGCACUUGCCAGGUUUUUACUAGAACUUUAUUAGAACUAGUAAUGAACUAGUAAUGAACUAGUAAUUCUGUUAAUGUAAGAAGACAUUGCCAUAUUUAUCCUGUGAUAAGCCCAGGGGGCCAACACAAACUUCGAUUAAAAGGAAGGGUGGGCUUAUUACAGAAUGGAAAAAUAUAUCACAGAGAAAAAAAAAAGACUAUAAAAAGAUAUGGGUUGACUUGUAUCCAGGCAUGGAUAGUUGCCAGAUAUAUAGGGCAGCUAGUUUUCAAGACUUGUCGAUUACAGUCUGGUCUAAGCAGACUGUUUCAAGCAUUUUCAAGGUUAAUCAAACAAAAGUCCACAUGGCUGUCAACCUGCCAUUUAUAAAUGAUGUAAUCGGUGAGAACGUGUCUCCGUUUCUUUUUCUUCUUUUUUUUUUUUAAAUAUUAAUGUUUCAUCAAGGAAGGUCUACAUAUAUAAUCAUUGUCAAAAUUAGAAUUAUCAAUAUUUUCAUGAGAUUUUUAUAUAUUAUAGUGUGUGUAUUUUCUGUGAUACAGGUAUGCGAUAGGUAUUUUGUCUUUAUUUUUCUAUUACUGUAUAAGUGUGAUAUUAUGCAAAUGUUUAUAAAAUAUAUUGAUUUGUAGAUAAAUCUAACAAAAA